AUGGAUAUUGACGACAUCCUCGCCUCCGUCGACCGUGGCGCCGGCGCGAGUCCCGAAUCCACAGCCCUCGACCACCAACAACUAACCCGAUUCUGGGUCGCGGAGCGCGCCGUCUCCGAAGUCCUCCCAUGGCCCGCGCCACUAAUGGAGCGCGUAAUGGAUCGCGUCCGGCUACAGAUUGAAACAAUCGAAGACCUAGCGGCAUCAUCAAGCGAAGCGACACCUACAGCAACGCACAAUCCAAAUCUCAAUCUACGCCUAUCAAUCCUUCAAACGGACCUUGCGCGCACACAAUACAUCAUCCGGUCUCUCCUCCGACAACGGCUAUCGAAACUGACGAAACACAGCAUGUACUACUUAGUGCAACUCGCCUCACGGUCCAAAAACCCUCUCUCGCAAUCACAGUCGCAAUCGCAAUCGCAAUCUCAAAAUCCAAAUGUGACGCCUGAAGACUCGGUUCCGGACAUUUCGGCUGUUGAUGACGUUUCGCCAUUAUCCGAGCCGGAGGCUUCGUUUGUGCAUGCGCAUCAGAUGCUAUUGGCUGGACAUUAUGGGGGCUCAUUUAUGGGUGCGUUUCCGAGGACGUUGAGGAGGUUGGAUGACAAUGCGGGUGGGACUAGUAUGGUGCAGGGACCGGAGAUGAAGGAGGUUGUUUUUGCAAGGUGUCUUGGUGUUGAGGUUCCUGUUAUUGUUGGAGCUGAAGAUGAUGCGGAGGAGGUUGGGGUUACGAUGCGGAUGGGAGAUGUUUGGGUUGUUCGGUGGGAAGGGGUCAGGGGGGCUUGGGAGAGGGGGGAAGUUGAGUUAUUAUGA